CCACACAGAGAGAAAGGGACAUUGAAGAUUUUCAGCUGAAUUGAAGUGUGCUGAAUAUGCCGCGGAGCCCGACGUCCAGUGAGGAUGAGAUGGCCCAGAGUUUUUCGGACUAUUCUCAGGAAUCCAGCUCAGAAAGUUCCAAAGAGGAGGCCAUCUAUGAAACGAUAAAAACAGAAAGGCCCGUAAGCCGCAUGACGGACGUCCAGAGCAACUCACUGGUCAUUAGAGUGAUUAUCCCAGACCUGCAGCAAACAAAGUGUAUGAGGUUUAACCCCAAUACCACGGUGUGGGUGGCUAAACAGCGUCUCCUGUGUACAUUGAGUCAGAAUUUGAAGGAUGUGCUGAACUACGGCCUCUUCCAAUCGGCCAGCGAUGGCAGCAACGGUGAAUUCUUGGAUGAAGAGCAUCUUAUCGGAGAAUAUCCACAGCUAACCUGCGAAGGCGUUCCGUCACUGGAGUUCCGCUACAAAACCAGAUUAUACAAUCAGCCCGGUGUGGAUGAAAAGCUGAUUGCCAGACUUCACACAAAGGCCAGCCUGAGGAGGUUCAUAGAUUAUAUCCGACAUCAUCAGAUAGAGAAACUCUCCAAAAUGCUUGACCGAGGACUGGACCCUAAUUACCAUGACAUGGACACUGGAGAGACACCACUCACCUUUGCGGCCCAGUUGGAGAAUAUGGUGGAAUUUAUUAAAGCAUUGAGCCACGGAGGAGCUCAUCUCGACUUCAGGGCUAAAGAUGGCAUGACUGCCCUACACAAAGCAGCUUGCUCUAAAAACCAGGCUACACUCAAGACACUGCUGGAGCUCGGGGCAUCACCCAACUAUAAAGACAGUCGUGGUUUGACAGCACUGUAUCACACGGCCAUGGUGGGCGGGGACACAGACUGCUGUGAACUGCUCCUGAAUGAGAAUGCCUCUGUCUGCUGCCAGGAUGAGAAUGGCUGGCAUGAGAUCCACCAGGCUUGUCGGCAUGGUCAUGUCCAGCACCUUGAGCACUUGUUGUUUUAUGGAGCAGAUAUGAGUGCUCAGAACGCCUCGGGAAACACGGCGCUGCACAUCUGUGCUCUCUACAACCAGGAGAAGUGUGCUCACGUGCUGCUGGUCAGAGGAGCUGACAAGGAACUGAAGAACUGCAAUAAUCAGAGUCCAUUUCAGGUGGCCAUAAUCUCUGGAAAUUUCGAGUUGGCAGAGCUGAUUAAGAACCACAGAGAAAGUGACAUAGUGCGGUUCCCCGAGGUCCCGGUGAACUCCAGACAGCGACGGCCUCUCCAGAAGAACAAUCUUUCUGUUUCUCGGGCGCUGCUGCGUUCCAACAGUGAUAAUAAUCUGAUGACGCGAGCCAUGAGUCCAGAGCAGCUGGCCGCCCACAGCCUGUCACCACAGAAGAUGCAGAGAGACCCAAGCGGCCGGGGGAAGAUGACGGGCCGUGGCACAAGGACCAUCCCAACCAGCCAUUCCCUGUCUGUCAGCCUGGAGGAUGAGCAGAGUGUUCAGCAAAAAUGUGCCAAUGGCAGGCCAUGGGGCCAGAGCUCCAGGAGGAAGCUGUACAGUGCUGUUCCUGGCCGUCAUUUUGUUGUUGUUCGCUCAUACCAACCUCAAGCUGGCGGAGAAAUCACCCUCCACAAGAAUGAAAGAGUCAGAGUUCUGAGUGUUGGUGAAGGCGGUUACUGGGAGGGCAGCUGUCGAGGGCAGGUGGGCUGGUUCCCUGCCAAGUGUUUGGAAGAGAUUCCUGUCAAACCUGACAAAGAGAGACCAAAGAGCAGAAUGGAGCGUAGCGACAGGAAAAAACUCUUUAGACAUUUCACUGUUGGUUCCUAUGACAGCAUUGACAGUGGCUGUGUGACCGAGCAGAAAACGGUGGUUUUACAGAAGCAGGAGAAUGAAGGCUUCGGGUUUGUGCUGCGAGGGGCUAAAGCAGACACACCCAUCGAGGAGUUCAUCCCGACUCCUGCAUUCCCUGCGCUGCAGUACCUGGAGUCUGUGGAUGAGGGAGGUGUUGCCUGGCAGAUGGGGCUCCGCACAGGGGAUUUUCUCGUUGAGGUCAACCAUCAGAACGUGGUGAAGAUGGGACACCGGCAGGUGGUAAACAUGAUUAAACAUGGCGGAAAUCGACUCGUGCUGAAAGCGGUGACGGUGAGCAGGAAUCUCGAACAAGACGACAAAACCCAUAAAAAAGCACCUCCUCCACCAAAGAGAGCCCCGACAACUGCACUCUCAAUGCGAUCCAAGUCCAUGACGUCUGAACUAGAAGAAUUAGAUAAAGUGGAAGAGGCUGUGCAGCCACAGAAGUCUGUACAUGAAAAAGCCUCAUUGGACAAAGUUGCCACGAUUAAGCCCCGCCCCUCAAGUCGCUUUUUGGCCACACCCAUGGAUUUUAAUCCAUCCUCAUCUGAGAGGCCAGGAGUUGCUGUAGUUCCCCCUAGUGUUCCUGGAAGAUCCCAUGGAAGUUAUGUUCGUGUGCCAAAAAGCUCCAUGAGAAGACAAAAAUCAAUUGGAAUUGCAGGAGAAGAAAAGAAAUUCCUGAUACCUCCACUGCUCAAGUUCACCAGAAGUCUCUCUAUGCCUGACACAUCUGAGGAUAUUCCCCCACCUCCAGGCGUCUCUCCUCCAUCCCCACCUUACAACCUCAAUACUCCUAUGUCACAAGGAUAUGAGCCCAGUCAGCCCAUUUACACACAGAACUCAACCGGCAGAUGUCACACUAUAGACAGAGACCUGGUAGGGUACCAUCGGCAGAACUUUGAACAAUAUGACUGUCAAACUCCUCCUGCUGCCCAGCAAAACAUGUGUUCCCAUAACAGGAGCCAUGUGCCAGAGAACCCAUAUUCAGACAUAGUUGGCAAACCUUUGUAUAUCCCACCAAAACCAGCUCGUAGAAAGGGUAUAUUGGUAAAGCAGCCAAAUGUUGAGGAUAGCCCUGAGAAAACCUGUUCAAUCCCAAUACCAACCAUUAUUGUCAAAGAGCCUUCAACUAGCAGUAGUGGCAAAAGCAGUCGAGGAAGUAGCAUGGAAAUUGAGACUACCACCUCCGAGCAGCCAGGCCAACUACGGCCAGAGGACAGUCUCAUUGUGAACAACCCUUUUGCAGCUGCUAUUGCAGGAGCAGUACGUGACCGUGAGAAGCGGCUUGAAGCACGGAAGAACUCCCCAGCCUUCCUUUCGAUGGAUCUUGGAGAUGAGGAUACAUUUAUCCCUACCCCUCGUUUACGCCAGUCUAUGUCCAUAGAUGAAGGCAUGUUUGCCAAUGAUAGGAGUUUACAAAAGUUUAUGGCUCCACCGGCUUCUUUAUUAGAGGUCAAGCAAAUUGGAAGUAGAAGCAACAUGACUGAGUUUACCAUCCCAGAACCAACAACUGAGCCCCUCACAACACGCACUGGGCGCUGCCCCAAUACAGACAGUCCCAUCAGUCUCGAUGGAAAUUUCCAAAACCAGACAUCAGGGAAAACUCAAGAUGUUUGUUCACCCUUGGCUCUGGGUCUAGCUGCUAGUAAUAGAGCUCUGAAGGAGCAAGUGCAACCACCUCUUCCUCCACCUAAAGGAGAACCUCACAAAGCAAACCUCAACCAGCCACUCUUCAUAGACACAAAGCUACGAUCCAGUAUUGAAGCCAGCUUUGUUGCCACAGCUGGGGUGGGUCAAACAAAAGAUUGUGGAGAUUUGUAUAGACAUACAAAAGAGUGCAAUCACGAAACAGAAAAGGCAAAGGGAAGUAAUCCAUCUGAGCAGUCGAAGAACACCAAUAAUGUGUCACAACAGAAGACAGCAGGGCUCCUCAUGGUCCACACACAAGAUAAGACCAAGUCACAAGUGAAUAGUCAGUCUAAUAGAUUAGAACAAGAAGAUUCCCCAGGAAUGGAGAGUGCACCUAUUGAUUCCAAUGUCAAACUUGCAGCCCCCAACUCUCAGCCACCUCAUACAAGGAACAUUGUCAGCUCUGUGGGGGAGCCUGUCAAGUUUCCCUGUAGCAUUCCCCCUCCCCCAAUGACCUCAGUGGAUAUUGAUGAGGAAUUUGACUUAGCUGAACCCUUGCCUCCGCCUAUGGAAUUUGCCAACAGCAUUGAUGUACCUGAGGACCAAGUAGCAGAGAUUCUCAAGCAGAAAAAGAAUAAUGUACCAAUAGGACCCAUGCCUGUUUAUCAUUCACAUGCUUCUACAACUGACAGUGUGGAAUCCAAGUGUCUUUCAGGGCUUGUAAACUGCAUGACUUCUCACACCUACCCUCCACCACCUCCAGAAAUUUUUGAGCCCGUCACAGACUCAGGCAUUGAGGAAGCUGACAGUCGUAACAGUGGCGACCCUCACUUUGAGGCCAACAGUACAAUUUCCACAGUGUCCAGUAUCUCUACUCUUUCAUCAGAGGGAAUUGAUGAUUCCUGUAUAGCCUAUGUAGAUGGACAGACUCUGUCGGUGGACCGACCACCUGUUCCACCAAAGCCGAAAAUGAAGCCCAUAAUCAACAAAAGUAGUGCACUUUACAGGGACUCUUUGAUACAUGAGAGCAUAGAGUCCUUCGGACAGCUACCACCAGCCCCUCCUCCACCCCUGGGUUGUGGAGCACAGUCUGAGCUUCGCAAAAAGCUUGCUCAGCAAGGCACUAAACUGUGGGACCCCCAUGAGCUUCCGAACCCCCUCUUACCCAAUGCAGAAUUUAAAGCUAAUGUGAUAAAUGAGCUUAGCUCCAAACUUCAGCAGAUGAGCAAGGACAAAUUUCCAAAACAGGGAGGGUCACCACCUGCAAAAUCCAAAAACACUGGAUCAAGAGAGUGGACGACCCCAUCCUCAGGUACCAAAUGCAGCAACACUGUUCCCUCAGCAACACAGAGCCACUUGCCCCCUCAGGCUUCCAGUCCAGCCUCACCUCCACCUGAAUCUGGUCAUAGCUCUACUCUGCCAGGCUCUGCCACCUCCCCUACAUUAACAGAUGUGUUUAGCCUGCCAUCUCCACCCAUUGUGAAUGCAGAGCAAUGCUACAGCCUCAGCUCAGUCAGUAGUCGAUCAACAUCCCCCCUCACACUGUUUCAGGCUGCUGCUGACAAGCCUUUUGCUGACAAACCUGUUCUGCUCUGGACCAAGCACGAUGUAGCCGAUUGGCUUGAAAGCCUCAACUUGCAGGAACACAAGAAGGCCUUCUUGGACAAUGAAAUCGAGGGCACCCACCUUCCCAACCUUCAAAAGGAGGACCUUGUAGACUUGGGUGUCACACGUGUUGGUCACAGGAUGAACAUUGAAAGGGGUCUUAAACUUCUAAUGGACAGAUAAAGCACUCGGUACUCGGUAUUGGCUUGAUCAAUCUCUUGUUUUCUUUUUUUCAGUCUAGCUGUGUUGCAUCUGUUGGAAAUUGUGGGGUUAUGUUCUCUGUCUUGUGGCCAGAGGCACAAUAAGCACCAUGGAUGCAGAACUGCACUCAGGAACACUUCUAAGAGGAUUCGUUCUUACCAUCAAAAGCUUUGUUAAAUGUCAGGAGUUUGUCUCAUGUAGACAACCCUAACCAGCAGAGCUUGGAGGUCCUUUUUUUUACCUUUUAAUACAAAUGUCUCCGGGAAAUUUCAGAUGUUUUCUGUAAGUGUUCUGUAUGAUGCAGAAAACAUGCAUACCUAGAAGAGCACUGUUUUGUCUGAGGUUAACUGAAAACUUUAAUUUCAUUCAGAUUUUACCAUGAAUACAUUUUCAUACCCUUAAUAAAUGUUGCGUACAUCCACACAUUCCAGACAUGUGCAAGGGACAGUGGCACUAGUGAAACUGCUCUUUGUCCCUGAUGCUUGAUUUCCAUUAGAUUAAAUGAGGAGAAGGUAACACAGCUGCAUCUUCUGUGUUGUCUGAUCCUGAUGCCAAAAAUAAAUGCUACAAAAUGCACACAGCUUCCAUAACAUUUCACCAAAUAAAAACAAUCUUUUUUGCAAUUAAUUAAUUAAAAAAAAAAAAAAAAGUUCAUAUAAAACUGAUUUGAACAAUUUGAAGGUUUAUAUGAAAUUGAUAUGUUCAUGGGAAGUGACGACAUUGCAGAUUGCACAAAUUAUAGAGAAUAAAAAAAACAAACUCAGGCUUGAGAGGUAGAACAUUCUGAAUGAGAACUAGUGGUAUAGCUCAUAAAUCAGGUGUAAUUAAUGUUCUUAUCAGAUGCCAUGGAUCACAGAACAUCUAUAAUAGUGCUGCUUCACAUUAAAGUAGCGACAGCUUUUUUUUUUUUAUGUAUUUCCACUUACUGACUGAAUGGAGGUGAAUCUGAAAGCAAGUUUGCUGAGAAUUGCAAAAAAGGGGUGGAGUCAUGCGGACUAAAUGGUCGAAGUCUGUAAUUUCAGUUAAAGAACCAAUUGUGACAUUUGAUCACAGUCAAACUACUUUGAAAAAAUGAAAAAUAUGCAUGGAUGAAUAGUUCACAAUAAGAUCAAUAGCACGCAUUUAAAUAAAUAAUUCACCCUAUUUCAUUAUGAAUUUGCUUUCUUUGUUAGUAAACAGAGGCUGUAUUGAGCAGUUGUUUUAUUAUAAACAUGAAACCAUAACCAUUUCUUAAUCUAUAAUGUUAGCCAACAUAUACUAUAUAAAUUGUUUAACUGACUUUUUUUUUUAUUUUUGUAUGUCACUCAUUGCAGUAUUGAAAGUGGUAAAGUCCCUGAAAUGAGAAAUUAUGAAAUAUUUGCCAUGACCUGCUGCUGAGAUUUUGAGUGGUGACUCUGGAGUUUGAGUGAAUAUAGAAGAAUAUUUUUAAAAUGUUGACCAGAAUUUAAAAAUCGCAAGCCUUUUCUGAACAAAGGUUUGCUAAUGUACUGCUGCUACUGUGACAAUAGACAUUUUAUAAAAUAGAUUGCGUACAAUAGAGUAAGAGAGUAUUUUGGAUUUAUAUAAUUAUAUUGCCUUUUAUAAAUGUAAUUUUAAUGUUAUUGUUCCCACUUAAGUGUGGUUUGCCAAAAAAAGUAAUGUGUUUGAAUAAAAUGGGUAUAUUAGUUAGAUUCUUAAUAUAGACAAUCCAAAAAGCAAUAUAUUUAUACUAUGGACAUUACAUUCUGUAUAUAUUUAGAUAAUGUAAUCAUCACACCAUUAAACAAGCACAAUAUUCACCUUAUAAAACAGCUGGUUUAUCUAUAGAAUUGCCCCUUAUUGUUUGGCUAUGAUUUUGUCCUAUGAUUUUAACCUGUUUUGCUUUACUUAGUACAUGUAAAGACUUGUGUUUACAUUGUUAAUGUUGCUGUAAGAUCUAAAAAUGGAACUAGUAACUCAUUACAAUGAUCAAGAAAAUCUAUCAUAGGAACUGCAAGAUUGAGUGCAGUUACACCUUGUAUGGCAAACAAAUCUGAAAGAAAUAAAUAUCGCUCGAGUUGAGCUCUCUUCCUGUGCGUCAAUUUGUCUUACAAACAUAUGCACUUAAUGAAAACUACUAUAAGAGAACAGACAGAAAAAUAAAGUUUCAAAUAUGAAGGGUGUUUCUACAAAAUUGAUUUGUGGGACCAAAAAAAAAAAAAAGUUUACAAUACUAGUUUUAUUUUUAUUUUUUUAUUCUUAAAUGAUAUUUCUUAUAAAACAGACUUGUAAAGAGAGCCAGUAUAGAUAAGCACAGAUAAUUUGUUGAAAAGGUUACUUAACUAAAAUUGCAAAACAGAUUAUGUCAUUAG